UAAACGCAACAGCACAGGAGGGAAACACACAAACACCAAAACCUCCAUUUACGCCCUUUAACUACCCAUCAAUUCCCCCUAGGGUUUGAUGAUUCGAUCCAUAUUUUCGAUCAAUCUUCCUCUAAUCACUACAUAAAUUCACCCAUACUUUGCUCCAAUCGGUACUCUCAACACAAUGAACCACGAAAACGCCGUCGUACAACUCUCAGAUGAACAACGCGCUCGAAUUUCCAGAAAUUUCCGAGCUGCGAAAGCUUUACGUGAUCGAAAGCGCCAUCGAAACACCUUCACCACCUCCGGUUCCGUUCCUCACAAAGUUGGGGGUGAAGUUUCAACGGUUGUUAAUAGAGUGCCUCUUUCGGACAUUUCGGUGAACACUCCCAAUGCGGUUAAGUACUUUAAGUUAAACGAUAGUGAGUCUGUUGAAAAGUCGCAUUUUAAGUUACCGUCUGUAGGAAAUGGUGACGGUGGUUUGUUUGGAAACACACUCUUGUUGCAAGAUGAGAAUGGAAAAGGUCAUAGCUCGUUUCAAACGCCUGUGAGACGAGUAAGUUAUAGCGGAAGUUCAUGUACGAAUGGAGUUUCCGUAAGUAGAUUUGACUUGAGCGAUGAUUCCUGUAUCCUGAACGAGGAUAAACUAAGCUUGGAUUCGUUUAAAACUCCUACCAAGCCUUUUGGUUGUGACGUAAGUUCUGACGACAGCAUGGCGGCUGAAAAGCAGGAAUCUAAAGAUAUCGAGUUAAUGGAAAAUGAUAUUGGGUUAACCUCAUUUACGACUCCAUCGAAACAAGAGUCGUGUUCUAGUGUAAGCGAGCCCUCUACAAUAUUUCCCACCAUUUUUUAUGAAGACUUUGAUGAUGCCAUUUUAGCUGAAAUUGACGCAAUAUGCGAGUCUGGGGUAAAGCCCAAGGUAGUGGCUGAGGAGUCUAGUGGUGACGUUCAGUUGAAGAGCGUGCAGGCUAAUACGGACAGCUGUGAAGUUAGAACCGAUGUGGGCCCUGUUGUUUUAGAGAACGUAGAAAGUGAUACGGUUUUGGAUGGAAGUAGUUGCAGUAGAGUAACCGAAGGCAUGCCUGACGAGUAUGCGAAAUAUAUGCAGUCAUUAAACGAUAGACAACGUGAAGCAGCAUGCAGUGAUAUUUCGGUUCCUUUGAUGAUUGUUGCUGGACCCGGAAGUGGCAAGACAUCCACCAUGGUUGGGCGUGUUUUAAUGCUUCUUCACAAGGGCAUUGAAGCAUCCAACAUAUUGGCUAUGACAUUCACCACAGCCGCUGCUUCAGAAAUGCGGGACCGAAUCGGAUCAGUUGCCGGGAAGACAGCAGCAAAGGAACUCAUGAUCAGCACCUUCCACUCAUUCUCAUUACAACUAUGUCGUUUACAUGCUGAAAAGCUCGGUCGUACCCCAGAGUUUUUGCUAUACGGUCAGGGACAACAAAGAAAGGCUGUUAUCGAAGCCGUGCGUCUCACAGAGGGUGACAAACUUUGUAACGAGUCUAAUGUCACUAAGAACUGCGUCGAAGACUUUAGAGAGAAGUCAAAGAAGUGGUUGAAAUUUGUGUCACAAGCUAAAGCUUCCGGGAAAACUUCUGAGGAUUGCCAGAGGCAGGGAAAUGCUGCAGGAGCUGCAAUUCUUAGGAAAUAUGAGGACAUAUUAAACUCAUGUAAUGCUCUCGAUUAUCAUGACUUAAUUAGCUGCUCUGUCAAGCUGCUUACCGGUUUUCCAGAAGUUUUCAAGGAGUGUCAGGAGUCAUGGCAAGCAAUUGUAAUAGACGAGUUUCAGGACACAAGUACUAUGCAAUAUGAUUUAUUACGAGUUCUCGCAUCACAUAAACGCAUAACAAUCGUUGGAGACGAGGAUCAGUCGAUCUUCAGUUUCAAUGGGGCUGAUGUAAGUGGAUUCAAGUCAUUCCGCAGAGAUUUUCAACCUCAUAAGGAGGUCAGACUAAAUAAGAAUUAUCGUUCAACCCGCUGUAUUGUUGAUGCUGCUUCAUUUCUUAUACAAAAUAAUUCGAAACGAAGUCAGUUAAACAAGGUUGUUACUGAUAAUUCUUCUGGUUCUAAGAUUAUUGUUAAAGAAUGUUGUAAUGAGGAUGCGCAAUGUUCGUUUGUUGUUGACAAGAUAGUAGAACUCACUUCGUCGGGUUCAUCUGUUAAAGGCACUUUUGGAGAGAUUGCUGUUCUUUACCGACGACAGGUGUCAGGGAAAAUGUUCCAAACAGCUUUCCGUGAAAGAAAAAUCCCGUUUAACGUUCACGGGGUCGCGUUUUACAGAAAAAAGGUGGUAAGGGCUAUUAUAUCUAUGCUUAAAACAACAUUGGUGGUGUGUGAUGAUGGGUCAUUUCGGCGAGUAUUCAAGGCCCUGCUAAAUCUAGAGAAAGACGAAAAGAAAAGGAUAAUUGACCAUAUUAAUAAAGUUUCAAGCGUAAGAAAAUGCAGCUUCAUAUUUGCUGCUUCUGAUAUCUUCAGUGCAAAGAUCUCUGGUACCUUAAAAAGGAGUCAACUCACCCAAGGCCGUAAGGUGUUGAAUACUUUGGAAAUGAUUUCAAAACUUGUCCACAGGGAACAAUCUAUUUCAGCUGUCAUCAGAUCAGUGGCAAACAUGAUACCUCAGAAGUACCUCCUUGAGCAACGAGCUGUCCUUGAUGUCGACGGAGGGAAGUUGCUAAACGAAGAGCAUGAUCUCAGAUCGGUUCUUCAAUAUCUGUUGGAUGAUGUGUCUGAGUUCCUAAAAUCUUACAACUUCGAUACUGAUGUGAAUGAUAAUGCUACAGAAGAAAAAGGUUGUGUAAAUGUACUUAAAGAAUUCAUAGAUUUUAUAUCUGAAAGGGAAACAGAGAACUUUCGUGCGAGGCGAAACGAUAAUAAUCAUGCUGUUACUCUUACUACCAUUCAUCAGUCAAAGGGGCUGGAGUGGGACACUGUCUUCAUAGUUAAGGCAAAUGAAUCUGAAAUUCCCCUUUUGCAUGAAUAUAACGGCAUCGCCAAAGAAACCUGUGCCUCCCUUGAGGAGGAACGUCGGUUACUCUAUGUGGCAAUAACUCGUGCGAGAAAGAAACUUUUUGUUCUAUAUGUCACCAUGGAUUCAAAUUGGCAGGUACUUCAACCUUCACGUUUCUUAAAAGAAAUUCCAAAGCAUCUUCUCGAUAUUCAGGACGUGACAAGUUCAGUAUACAUGCAAGCAGAGCAUCAGAAACUUCCAAAUAAACAAUCUUGUCUUACUAAUGAUCCGCAAGACACAGAACACGCGACAGUAAAAACGGGGAGCAGUGAGACCGAAACCGUCAAUAAUUUGUUUGAUGAAGAUUCUAAAGAAUCAAAUGAAACAAUCUUGCCAUGCAAUGGCAAUGAUUUCUUGAAAAGAUUCAGCAGCGAAGAACGAGCAACCGUUUCCCAUUUAUUUCAUCAAUGGGCCAAGAAGGCAGCAUUCAAGGAACCAAAGCGGUUGCUUGACAAGGUUGCCUUUGUAAUUGAUGAAAGGCUUAGAGUGAAGAAAACUGCACAAAAGGACGUUCUUCGGUCCCUGAAGUCAUGCUUGAAGACCAAUGAAGCAUUUCAGUAUGCUGAAAAUGUUCUACAAUGGCUACAAAUACCUGCAGAAAAGCGUGCUUAUAUUACAAGGGAAAAACAGGAACAUUUCCAAAAGUUAAGGAUCGAGACUGCAAUGGGUUCAUCUGAAGCUACGUCUAAGCAGAUUGCUUAUCUACAAAGUCUAGGAUGUACUACUACCCCAACUUCGCGUCUCCAUGCAUCUCGUUUAAUCGAACAAUACAAGUCACUGUAGCAUUAUUUUAUCUUUAAUGCAAGAAGCAUGUUUUGUAUAUCAAUUUCGGGUAAAAUAACAUCUUAAACUUAAGGCUCUUAAGUAUGUAGUAUUGAUGAAAUCAGCCAUUCAGAAUGAAAAAAGAAUUGUUAAUUUUGUUUGAUGGUUUCGACCAUUCGUGAAGAAACGUGUCCUUACAAAGACAUGCGUGUUUAUAGUU